CUUUCCCAAGUUUAAAGUCUUUUCCCUUUUCUCUAUCUCUUCCCACCAGAGCCAAAGCAAAGCUUCGUCUCUCCGUGCCAAGAAUGGAUACUACUGUUAUAGGAAGAUGAACAACAACAGCACCAAGUACUCUGAUUCCCUCACGGACAGCACCGAGAGCGGCGGUCGACAAAGGAGGCAUUAUUCCUUGCGAUUGUCCACGAACGACGAACUCACAUCAUCCGGCUCCACCUAUUUUUCGCCUCCCAAGCGCCGUCAAUCGAUUAGCAAAGUGACGGAGGAACUGACCAUAAACAAGUUGCGAUUUUCCAAGGUUGGGUUUUAUGGACGAGACGCCGAGGUGCAGACGCUCCAAAGAUGCUUGGAUCGGGCCAAGGCAGAAGGGACACGGGAGGUUUGUUUUGUCCACGGAUUCUCGGGAAAUGGGAAAACGACCCUGGCCAGGUCCAUUCAGUCUUCUCUGUUGCGAGACGAUGGAGGAGUCUUUGUGGAGGGAAAGUUUGAUUUGACGUUGGAAGAUUCAUUUGAUCCAAAUGCGGGCAUUGGGCUGGUAUGUCGCAACUUGUGUCAUGCACUUGACAAACGGAUUCUUCUGUCAUCUGAUGGGACACUUUCCAUUGCAACAAUCCGGGAGCAAUUCGAGGACCAACUGGGGGAAGAACUGAAACUGCUGCUGGACGUCCUGCCAGAGCUACGGGAGAUUUUGGGGAACGAAAAUAAUGAGAAAGAAAACGAAAACACCAACGAAAACAACCACAGCAACAUGAGCAAUCAAGCCAGAAGUCAACAGUUCCAAUACAUUCUGCGUGUGUUCCUCCGCAUCGUCUGCUCUUGCAUCUCGCCAGUGGCCAUUCUACUCGAUGAUUUACAGUGGGCAUCUAAAGAGUCCUUGGACAUCUUAUCGACAAUCAUCAUGGAUCGAGAAAACACUUCCGGCUUGCUCCUAAUUGGAUGCUACCGCAGCAACGAAGUAGAUCCAACCCAUCCGCUGUCACGUGUCCUGGCGGACCUUGCCCACAACGAAACUGAUCCAGGCUACCGAAUCACUUACUUGGAAGUGAACAAUCUUAGCCUGGACGAUUCCAAUUCGGUCCUGAUGGACCUGCUUUCGAUAGAUGCCCCCGAAACGACACUGGAACUGGCACAACUCGCGCAUCAGAGAACCCUCGGAAACGCCUACUUUUUCUUGCAGUUUGUGGCCAUGCUGCACGAACACGAACUACUCGAAUUUCACCUGGGGUUACUACAGUGGGUUUGGGACGUGCCCAAAAUCAAAGAGGAAACGGUGGCAUCUCCCAACGUGGUGACAUUGGUACGACAACGCAUGCAAAAGUCCACCGAGUCGAUGCGGUGCUUUCUCAAAGUCAUGUCGUGUCUAGGGCCUUUGCCUUCCGAACGAGUGGUCGAGCUUGCCUGGGAAAAGGCAGCGAAUGAAACGACGAGCGUGACGGAAAUCAUGCAGCAAGCCAAAGAGACACAGUACAUUGAACAACGGGGCGAUUCCAACUAUCGCUUUAUACACGACAAAGUGCUCGAGGCGUCCUUGUCUCUAAUGAUGGAGGAAGAGCGGGGCAAACUCCGUUUUGCCAUUGGGAAGCAGUUACUCAAUGGUCUCACCAAGGAGGAGGUGGAAUCGGAGCUGUUUCUGAUUGCGGACUUGCUCGAUGCAAACGCCAAUGCCAUUUCCGAGACGGACCGUCAAGUCAUGAUUGAAGUGAACCUUCGGGCAGCCGAAAAGGCAAAAUCAUUGUCUGCAUUCUCGAGCGCCGUCAAAUUUGCCAUGACGGGCACAUCAUUACUUUCGGAGGACGCCUGGCAAAACAACUACGAACGCACUUUGCGCCUUUACUCCGUCGGAGCGGAAGCGGCUGGUACUGUGGGCAAAGUUGAUAUCCUGAACGAGAUAAGUCAGAUUGUGUUACCCAGAAAGAAUGUCCCUAUCGAGGAUAAGUUGAGGGUGUACAAUGCCCUCCUAGACUCCAUGGCAAGCAACGGGAGGCUUGUGGAAGCGCAGCACCUAGUCUGUGAGCUGUUGGACAAACUUGGUUGCAAAGUCCCUAGGCUCGGUCCGUCAAUUGCGUAUCAUACAUUUCUGCCGAUCCUGUCAUUGAAGCGGAAAGCGCCAUCCAAAGAAGCGAUUCAGAAACUGCCCAAGAUGACAGAUCGAAGGAAGAGCGAGUGUCUGAGGCUUCUAUACCAGUUGCAGACUUUCUCCUACUUGAACCGUGAAGUUCCCCUAUUUCUGUGGAGUUGCACACGACAAAUUCUUUUGACCAUGAAAUAUGGCCUACAUGAGUUGUCAGCAGCUGCCUUUCCAGCCAUGGGAGCCAUCAUGGUAGCUCUUUUCACCGAUUUCCAAACGGGAACUCUGUUUGCCAGGCACGGGAAAUUGAUUGUGGGGCUUAUCGGAUCGAGAGUUGCGGAAGCUCGAGUGGCCUUUAGCUCUAUCAUGGCGCCUUCCUACUACCAGCCAAUGCAGUCCUUGAUCAAAGGACUUUCCGAAAGCUACAAGAUUGGUAUGCAAGUUGGGGACACUGAUAGUGCAAUGUGGUGCGUGGCCCACAGCUGUUGGCUCCAGUUCAUGACAGGCAAAGAACUGUCGUAUGUAGAAGAUGAAUGCCGUGUGAACGUGAAUCGAAUGAAAGAUCUGAACAGGAAAGAAGCUGUGCAUUUCACUUGCCCUAUCUGGCAAACUACGCUUAAUUUGAUGGGUUCAUCGCAGUUCACAACAGUUCUUGCUGGAGGGGCCUUUGGGAUCGACGACGAGAAAGAAAUAUGGGGUAUCACAGCGGACGGUCCCCUUCGACCACAUUUGGAGAUCUGUAAGACCCUCCUGUUGACUUACUUUGGCGAUUAUGUUGCCGGCGCCGAUUUGUUCAUCAAACGCGGCGAUCGAUAUCUGAAGGAUCAUCCUGGCCACCCUCAAGGCAACAUGGACUCGUUCCUCCGAGGCGUGUGCUUGUUUGCGGCGUAUGACAAGACGGGGAAGCGCAAGUACCGUAGCAACGCCUAUAAGGCUCGUGCAACAAUAGCUUCUUGGUGGAAGAAAGGAAAUCCCAAUUCCCAGCAUCAGUUGAGUUUCUUGGAUGCAGAGCACUACAGCCUACAAAAGAAGUGGGAAGACGCCGCCGUCUGUUACCAAAAGGCAAUCACUCUGGCUUCUCGAUCUGGUCUCAUUCAGGAUGCUGCUUUGGCAAACGAACGAUACGCUGCAUGCCUCCUCAAGCAGGGAAACCUUGAGGAUGCUCGUUUUCGUCUCAUUCAGUCGGUAAAACUCUUCCGAGAGUGGGGAGCCUUGGGCAUUGUCGAAUCUCUGGAGCAGAAGCAUGCAAAUAUUCUUUCCAUGUGUACCACCGAGUUUCGUGAGAGUGCUGAAGCCGCCGCAAGCCAACCAUUCUAGCUGCAACACCGUCGCCAGAUACAUACCGGUACAUGUACACGGUUGCAUUGAAUUCAAGGAUGCCUUGGCGACAAUGAAAAGAAACAAACCGCUAGCAAGGUCGUGUUGCAUGCCCCCACUGGAAGCCCCUACUGCUUGGCUUCCAGUCUAUCCACUUGCUGCGCGAUCGUGCCGAGAUGAUGGAAAGAUCUGACAUGGCCUCACUUGGACUGACAAACACUGGUACUACGUGUCA